AUGGCAGACAAAGAACCGAAUGCGUCAGAGUACUAUGGGGAGAAAAACUUGACAGAGGAUGGCAGGAAGAUCGUGGAGGAAAUGGAGAUAGAGGCCGUGAACGCUUCGUUUGCGACCAUCAUGGCGAAACACAAGCCAAAUCCAUGGGGAAAGGGUCAUUUGCAGCUAUACGCAUUGGCAGCUGUUUGUUUUCUAAACUCGACCAUGAGUGGUUUUGAUGGAAGUCUCAUGGGCAGCAUCAACGCAUUGCCCAACUACACCAAGUACUACAACCUUCCAACUACAGGGACAGCAUCCACUGGUAUCAUAUUCGCCAUCUUCCAGGUUGGACAGAUGUGCGCUGCCCUGUUCGUCUGGGUAGCAGACUGGCUCGGUCGUCGCUGGCUAAUCUUCAUUGGGACUGCUGGUGUUAUCGUCGGAACCGUUGUAACUUCAACUGCAAAAACGCUUCCAACGUUUAUCGGCGGGAGGUUCUUGCUAAGCUUCUUUGCGCAAUUGGCAUGCUCGGCUAGUCCGCUGUACCUAGUAGAGGUGGCGCCGCCACAGUAUCGAGGAACCUUGGCUGGCAUGUACAAUACAUUCUACUAUAUGGGCUCUAUUCUCGCAACGUCGUCCGUAUACGGAGCGCACAAGCAUCUUUCCGAUUCCAAUAUGGAUUGGCGCCUUCCACUCUGGCUACAGAUGGUGUGUCCUGGACUUGUCUGCUGCGUUAUCCUCUUCUUCCCGGAGAGUCCUCGUUGGUUGAUCGGUAAAGACCGACAUGAAGAGGCACGCGCUUUUCUGAUCAAACAUCACGCUAAUGGCGACGCCGAUCACCCACUUGUCGCACUCGAGAUGUAUGAAAUGCAAGAUUCUCUACAAAAAGACCCGGUAGCAAAUUGGCGGAACUUCUUUGAUCUGCGAGUGCUCUUCAAGACUAGAGCGAGGCGAUACAGGACGAUGUUGAACAUGACGUUUGCGUGGUUUGGUCAGUUCUCUGGCAACAACGUUGUCUCGUAUUAUCUCCCGCUGCUUGCAGCAAACGUCGGCAUCACAUCUACGGACACUAAGCUCCUUCUCAACAUCAUGUACGCUGUCGAGGGGUACAUCUUCGCCACGGCAGGAGCACGUCUACACGAUGUCUUUGGUCGUCGCAAGAUGCUCUUGGGUGCCACAGCAGGUUUGAUUAUUUCACUUUCCAUUGCUGCUGGCACAGCAGCAGGAUAUGUGAACACAGGAUCGGAAACGAGCUCUAAAGCUUCAAUCGGCUUCAUUUUUGUCUUCGGGGCAAUUUUCGCCUUUGGUUUCACCGCAAUGCAGCCGAUUUACCCGGCUGAAGUGAUGUCAAACGACAUGCGUGCGAAGGGCAUGGGAACAUACAAGAUAGUUGGUGGUGCUGCUGGCUUUAUCAAUACCUUUGCGGCGCCGAUCGCUCUCUCAAACAUCGGAUACUGGUUUUACGUCUUCUUUGUCUUCUGGGACAUGUUCGAGUUUGCGUUCAUGUACUUCUUCUUUGUCGAAACUAAGGGUCUAACCCUUGAGGAAAUGGACUACAUCUUCGAAGCAAAGAACCCGCGCAAGGCCAGCACCGAGAAGAAGAAGGUCAAGGUACGAACUGUGCUUAGCGGCGAUGGGAGGGUCGAGGAGGAGAUUGUGGCCAAAGGGGGUCCGUAG